CAUGCAGCAACAGAAUCACCGGAAGAACAGGCUCGCGUGACAAUUGCUAUUAAUUACAACGGUACUAAACAAUGCCAUCCCGGAUAUGUUAAUACAGAUACUACAAGUCAUCAUAACCCUCCAACAAUUGAAGAGGGUGCUGAUACGCCUACUUAUUUAGCAACAUUGGAAGGCAAUGAUGGACCAACUGGAAGAUUAAAGAUUGCAAGGGAUUGCAAGGGCAGCAUGUGGAGGGGCAAGAGGACCAAGAUUAAAUGUGGAAAGGGAGCAAGAUUAAAGAUUCAUGACCAAUGGUUAAUUGUUUCGUGGAGCAGAAAUUGGAAUAUUUGCAGUCGUGAUAUCAGUUACCGUUUCACGACAAAAAAGGUUUUUACGGAUGCAUUCCGGUAA